AUUGUGUUGAUGAAGUAAGUAAUAAGUUUUGUAGUUUGCACUCAAGUUUCAAACAAAAGAUAUUUAGUUAAAAUUAAAAUAAUUAAUUAUUUUUUAUAUCACAGAAUAUAAAAAAUUACACUAACACACUCGACACAUCUGUUAGUUUGUGUAAUUAUUAAUUUUAAUAGUUGUACUACGUUUCAUACAAAAUAUAUAUAAUAGUUGUACUGUAAAAAAAUGUUAAGACCCAAAGUGUUAUCCCAAGUCUUAAGUCAAGCCAAUAGCAAUGGCGUUGAAAACACUAUGCUAUUGACAUAUGAUGGCAGCUUAUUAGCAUUUAGUGGUUACGGUGAUAGAGAUUCAAGCAUCACGGCUAUAAUAGCAGCUAAUUUGUGGAAUACUUAUCAUAAGAAUGGAUUAGCUACAUUAAAAGAAGAUCAACUACAACUGGUUCUCAUGGAUUGUACGGAAGGCAGAAUUGCAAUUAAACAAGUUGCCAACAUUUUAUUAUGUUUGUAUGCAAAUCGAUCUGUGGAAUUUGGUUUAUUAAAAGAAAAAAUUACUGCUUUAUCGUCAUAUUUAGAUGGUCCACUCAGGCAACUUUCGGCAUCUUAAUAUACACAAUUCUAUAAUCAUUAGAUAUAAAUAUUAUCCUUUAAUUGUUUAAUAAUUUUUACUUAUCACCAAUAUAAAUAUAUAUUAUAUUCAUACAUUUUUUAAGUAAUAUAUAUUUUAAUAUUAGUAAAUUCAAUUUUUUUUUUCAUAAAACAUUUUUAUUUUUUCACAACUUGUAUAACAUCUUCAUCAUGCAUAAUAUGCUGCAAACCCACUCUUUGAGGUGAAUAUUUUGUACUUGUACCCUAAAAACAAAAUACAUAAAAUUAAAUUUUGCACAGAAUUUUAAAUCUAUUGAUUACAUACCCAAACUAAAGCAUAUUUAAAUUGUUCCGCUAAGGUACGAUGGAUUGAAUGACAAACAUGUUCCACAGUAACACCUUUUCUUAAAAUUAAACAAUCAUCAAAAUCUGGUGGUUGACCUGGCUUUUUGGUGUACACUCGGAUCAAUGACAAAUAUUGCCACAGUACUUCCAAUAAAUAGUCAAGAUUCAGCUUCAUAUUACAACUAAAAAUACAUUGAUUAAUACAAAUUUUAUAUUUUUAAAUAGUAAAGAGUAAUAAGUAUUGUUAUUAUUUCAAUAAAUUAUUUGCCAUAUUGUCA